AUGCAGCGGGUAGACAGACUUAGGUUUAACAUUGGGCAAGAGAUCUCUCUUCUGAGAGUUCUCUUCUCAAAGGCUUCUGUGUCUUUCCAGAGCAUUAGUAUGAAUUCUUCAACUAUGGCCAAAGAAGAUGGCUUGAAGAUUAUUCAAUUAAAGGUAUCUGUUAACUGCUGUGAAGGAUGCAAGAGAAAAGUAUUGAAGGCCUUGAGCAUUAAAGGUGUUUUGAAGACAGAAAUCCACCCAACUCUGGCCAAAGUGACUGUUUAUGGGAGUGUAGAUGUCGAUACUCUUAUCAAGAAACUGGCUAAACGUGGCAAAACAGCAGAGUUAUGGUCAUCAGAAUCUAUAGCAGAAACCAAUCCAGAUAUCAGCCAAGAUAAGGACAUUGAAACUGUGAAAAAGAACAAAGAUGGAGACAGUUCUAGCUCCAUGAAAGAAUACACGCAUAUGAAAUAUAUCAACAGUGAGAAGAAACAAAGUGAAACCUCCACGUCUGAUGCUUCAAAUGCCACAUUUCCUACAGGGUUUACACCAGUUGUUCCUCCUUCGAGCAUGAUGCUAUCUCAUGCAAGGGUGUUUUAUCCAAUGGAACCAAGUAGUGCCCCCAUGGCAUACUACAUUGUAAGCCCACAAUAUCCUGGUUAUGCUGGAGAUCAUGGUCAUUAUCCCUACCAAGUUCCAGUCUAUCAUCAUCAUCAUCCUUAUCCUCCUCUACCACCACAGCCUCCAGUGAUGCAAUCACAAAUUACCGGGUUUUCGGAUUACUUCAAUGAUGAAAACACGGUUGGUUGCCGAGUGAUGUGAGACAAUAUGUAUAUCUAUGUUUGCCACUGAUCAAUGUA